AUGCAGCAUUGCUACUUUUUGGCUGUUUGUGAAUCGAUUGUGGUGCAGCAGAAAGUACUGCUGCAGACACCCCACAGGCAGCCGCAGCUGCAGCGCAGCAACACACAGCAGCAGCAACGCCUCUUCAGCAGCAGCAGCAGCAGCAGCAACAGCAGCGGUGGGGGGAGCAGAAGCAAAGCAGCAGCAGCAGAAAGGGAAACGAAAAAGAAAAACGAGGAUAAAACAGCAGCAGAAACAGAUGCAACUGCAGCACAAGGAAAAGCAGCAACAGCAGCAACAGCAGCAGCAGCAGCAGCAGCAGCAGCAGCAGCAGCUUACAUUAGAGUUCAGUGCAGCCAACGCGCUGCAGCAGGCCGUCACCUCCUGGGGAGAAAAACUAUCGAUCUUAUGCGGCUGCAGCAAACAGUUUAUACACACAGCAGCAGCAGCAGCAGCAGUAGCAGCAGUAGCAGCAGCAGCAGCAGCAGCAGUAGCAGCAGCAGCAGCAGUAGCAGCAACAGUAGCAGUAGCAGCAGCAGUAGCAGCAGCACGGAAGGCAGCAGAAAGAGGAAGAAGCAGCAGGAGAGAGAAGGGAGACAAACAGAGAGAUAUAAAUAA